UGGCGUAUGACAAUGGUCCUACCUGGACCCUCUCGCGGAAUCGAUCGUAGCAGACGACAGUUACGAUCGAAGCGCGCGCGAGCGAUGAUGGACAGACGACACUGGGUGACGUUAGCAUGGUUUAUUAUUCUGCUGGCCACUUUGGUACUACUGGGGGGAUACGCUGCCCCAAUGUGGCUGUGGCUUCAAUCAAGCGAUGGAAUUCACUAUUUUGGAGUUGGGCUGUGGUAUUAUGUCGGUUGCUCAGAUGCGAGCUGUAUAACAACAACUAAAGUUAAAGUUGACACGAAAACAGAUAUCAUCUAUGAUGCUACUGGUUUCCAAGCUAUUCGGGGGUUGGAGACGGUGGGCGUGGUCGGGUGUUGUCUACUGCUUGUGUGUGGAAUGACCUACAGAAUCGGAUUUAAUAACUGGACACACAUGAAAACCCUCAAUACGGCAUUAGUGAUUAUGACUGUUCUCACAGAACUGGUUAUCUUGGCUGGAGUGAUCGUCUUCGGAGUUAUGUACUGGUCGUGGAUUAUCAAUUCGACGUUGGUUAGCUCGCGAAGCUUUCCUUGGUCUCCCUUGCUGUGUCUUAUUGCCUUCUUCAUUCUUCUUGUCCCGCUCUUUCUGUUGAGAACCAAGGCUAGGGAAUACCACUACAUCCACGGCGCCAUACCUAUGUCAGGAGAUGCCAAACUUGAUUUGAACCCCCAAAUGAAAACCGCGAUGAGUCAGCGAUACUUCACCCCAUCACCAUACGCCGAAGAUCGCCGAACAACCAUCGAUCAGUCGGCGUACUACGACGACGUAUUCGACAAACCAGCAUACACCAUUAGCAAUUUCGAGAACAAGACGUACACCCGUAACCAGGUGGAUAGCACGCCUUUAGUAUCUAAUGUCGUGUACGGUGUAGAAAAUCGAGCUUAUACGACAACGGACGAAUUUCGGCGACGGUCGUAUAGUGGGCCAGGAAAUGGAUAUGCCUACCAAAUGUCAAACCGAAUGGAUAUCUCCACAGAGACGGAAGUGUUACGUCCACGACCUAAAUCCAUUGCAGCCGACACGACGUACACCGGACAUGAUGUGUCGUACUUUCGUGAGCCAAUCAAACAAGAGCCCAUUCACUACGAGGAAAGAGUUGUCACCCGCGUUGAGAGAGUUCCGGUGUAUGGCCCCGCCCCAACUCCUGUGAUGCCCAAUCAAGACAUUGGAACAAAAUAUCUUGGAUAUGGAAGGGUUCAGGCCCUUUCGGACUAUGAAGAUCCCCGUCUGAGCCAGUUUGAGCGAUACACUGUGCAUACACGUCAACGACCAGCGUGUUCUACCACCAGGAUGAUCACCGACGCAAGGUCCUCCGUCGACCCCACCCUGGGGGACGGCUUCGCUAACGGAUCGCCUUACAUGUACAGACCAUACCAGCCACAAAAAUACUAAAUAUAAUUUAAAACCUGUAAAAUAGCACUGUGCAUGGAAAGAUAUCGCGAACAGUUACAAAUCGUCGUCUUAGGAUUAUAAUGUUGUAAGUCCUUUUUUUUUUUUUUUAAAUGAGUUCCAUAUACCAUUUUGUUGGUAAUAAAGUGUUCUAUCUCCUUAUUAAUAGUUAAUUUAGCUAAAAAUCACUAUAAGUGAGUUAUUGCCAAUUCUUUUUUGUUCUAUGUCCAAAACUUAUAAAACGAUCAGUAGCCUACUUUAAUGUUUUAUGUCCAUUGAUCAGUCAGAUUUCUCAAUAUCAGUCACGUGACUAGAUGUGUAUAUCAAAAUCAGCAUGACCAUAGAAUGGCAUAUUUGAUGUCUUUUCUUAAACAUAUUAUUUGUUGUAGAAUUAAUAUAUUAAAAACAUAAAUGGAAUUUAAAUUUCAAUGAAUCCUAUUGUCGGAAAACAUUAUUUUACAUCAUUUUAUUAUGGAGAUAGAACAUUAUAUCUACAAUCUUCGUCAACGUUACCAUGAAGAUAGAACGUUAUUUAACUUCUUUCAAUAUUACAUGAUAUAAUUUGUAAACACAAACAGUAAACACAAAAGAGCAUGUUAUGGAAAUCUCAUAAAAGAUACCACCCCAUCAAAUAGCAUUAUCUGUUUUAUUUAUACUUUUUCACAUUAUUUGAAAUUAAUAUUACAAGAGUUGUGAAUUAAAAAAAAACCCACCCUGUUUGUGCACAAUAACGUUUCCUUUUUAUUAAUCACCAUUUAAUCCAUUUCAAUCUUGAAGUCAUGAUUGUUACCUUUUGUUGUUUUUAAUGUCAUUUUAUAGAAUUUGCAUCACUAAAGUUAUGAAUUUGUUUUUAACUUGACUCAAAUGUUUUAAUACAUGCAUUUUGCGUUAGGUUAGGCCUACAUGCACCAGCAUGCUCGUUACCAGAAAAUAAAACUUUUCUCAGAAAUAAUCAUUAAAGAAAUACAUUUUGUUGUUAUUACUUUAUAUAAAUAAAAAUGAACAACAAGCCUUUUUACUAUCCUUUAUAUAUUAAACAGAAUUAGCAUAUUAGUAUGUUUUAAAUUGUUUUCUCUCGUUAAUUGUACUUUAAAUGCCUUUGUUCUUAAGAAUAGACAUGAUUGUAUGUGCUUAAAUAUAUGUUCUAUGUUGUAAAACAUUAUAGUUCUAAAAGAAUCAGUCAAGUUGUAUAUCGCAAUGUUCUAAGUCCAAAUCAAAUGUUAUAAUUUUACAGAGAAUGCGAUGUUUUGAAGCAGUGUCAGGUUAGAAUAAGAAUAUUUAGAUAAACAAUUUAUAUCCAAAUGACAAACCGCACACAGAUAACUAUUACAUAUGUAAGUUCCACUGAGUUAAAACCCUAACAUCGUUUUUCUCGGUAACGAGUAAAUGGCGCAUAGAACAUUAUAAUCCUAAGACGACGAAAUGGCCAUUUAAAGCUAGAUGAUUUUUUUUCCAAAAGAGGGCUGUAACUAGAGAGGGUAGUUAUUCGCUGUAAUAUACCUUCUACUGAAGGUACGUGUGUUCUUGGGCAUAUCCUUCGAGUUUCCUAAGACAUUUGUCCCAAAAUAUAUAAGAAAAAAAAUAGAGAAAAAAAUAAACAAGCAAUUUUUUUUUUAAAUUUAAUGUUUUAAUUAUUAUUAUUAGUGGAAUAUAUAUUUGGGUGUAAUUACAAAACAUGAAAUAAACUAGCGCAAUAGUAGCAUAUAUCAGUGCAGCAAUCAGUAGGCCCAAGGUCACACUAAUUUACGCUAAAUAUAUGUUUAUAUAUAGUAUUAGUGGCUAUAACAUGUUUCUUAAUAUCAGUCGGCCCGUGGAUUUUUUCAGUGCACCUUUGCCUACCUGAGGGAAACAUAUCCUGAAAAGAGAGCCCCUGUUAUCAAGCUCUUUCUCCCAGAAUAUUGGUUUAGACAAACACAUCCACAUAUCCUGAAAAGAGAUCCCCUGUUAUCAAGCUCUUUCCCCCCAGAAUAUUGGUUUAGACAAACACAUCAACAUAUCCUGAAAAGAGAGCCCCUGUUAUCAAGCUCUUUCCCCCCAGAAUAUUGGUUUAGACAAACACAUCCACAUAUCCUGAAAAGAGAGCCCCUGUUAUCAAGCUCUUUCUCCCCAGAAUAUUGGUUUAGACAAACACAUCCACAUAUUCUGAAAAGAGAGCCCCUGUUAUCAAGCUCUUUUUCCCCAGAAUAUUGGUUUAGACAAACACAUCCACAUAUCCUGAAAAGAGAGCCCCUGUUAUCAAGCUCUUUUUCCCCAGAAUAUUGGUUUAGACAAACACAUCCACAUAUCCUGAAAAGAGAGCCCCUGUUAUCAAGCUCUUUUUUCCCAGAAUAUUGGUUUAGACAAACACAUCCACAUAUCCUGAAAAGAGAGCCCCUGUUAUCAAGCUCUUUUUUCCCAGAAUAUUGGUUUAGACAAACACAUCCACAUAUCCUGAAUAAAUUAGGUGUGGGAUCGAUUAAUUUGUAGUUAUUUAUUACAAAUAAAUAUGAAAAUAACGAAAUAUUGUAGUUCCAACUUUGACAUAGGACCUUUAAGCUGUUAAAAGUUGUUUAGAGUGGAAGCCGGUAUCGGGAUCCGAACCUAGUAACUAGGCCUAUCGGAGACGCUUCAGCCAAAUGAAUAUAUUAUAUGGACUGUUUGAUUCAGGUAGAUGACGGUAUCGUGCAGCCUGCAGGGAGAUACUGGAAUAGUCAUGUAGUAUUAUACAUUAUAUAAGUCUUGUGCAGGUUGCCUUAUGUGUAGAUACUAUGUAGAUACUAUGCUGUGGGAUGUUGUUUGGGUUUUUCAUAUUUACGUUCCUGAUGUCUUCCGACACGUGUGGGUUAUUGUAACAAAACAGCGCUUGGUGUCAACUAAUUUAUAUAGGACUAAAUAAAAUGGUGUAUAUACUGAACAAAAUUAAUUAAGGGUUACUAGAUAGUUGUGAAUGGACUAUAAAAGCACUAGAAUUAUGUGGACAUUAAUACACACGCUUUUAAAUAGAGCAUAAGAACGUACAGUUCAUACGAUAGACAAAACUUAAAAUAUGGCAUCAAACCAUUGCAUUUGUACACAUUAGUAUGUGCUUGUUUUACGUAUGAGCUGAUGGUUUAAAUUUCAUGUUGUAAUGUGUGUAAAAUGUUAUAUAAAAAAGAACAUUGGGCUGAUCUUCGCGCUGGGAUAGGCCAGGAUUUUAUUUUAUUGCCGGGGGAGGGGGGGGGGGGGAUGUACACUGUCUAUGAGUGUAUGAAAAAUAUGUGUGAUUGGGGGAGGGCGUGGUUCCCAUGGCCCCCACCUGGCUAUAGCCUACCAGUCGAUCAUCGUGCCACAGGCAGGCAAUAGGCAAUGGUAUUUAUAGAACAGGCCGAAUUAGCAUGUGAUUUUACGCCUUUAUUGAAUGACAAUGUCCAUUUUGUGUAAUAUAGUAUUAUUAUAUAUGAUAUGUAUGAUAUGGUAUUUAAUUACAUUAUUUAUCUAUAUCAAUAUAUAAAUAAAAUAAAACAAAAUUCUACAUUGUUGGUUUGUUCAUUUAUGCAUGUAUAAUAUAAUUAUAGAAUAAGACUCAUUUUAUAUAUUAUAAGCAAAAACUAUAUUAUAUUCUUGAGAUUUUAUUAAAUAUACUGCU